AUGGGAGGUGAACCAGCAUUGAAACCAGCUAUUGCCAUCGAAUUUGAAGAAGAUACACUCAAUGAUAGAUGCUCAAUUCACAGGUCCCUUAAGAAUAAAAGCUCUGAUACCAUGUUAAACUUUAUAAGUGUUUAUGAAUUCCAGAGAAUAAGGAAAAAGAAGCAGAGAAAGGAGAAUAAAAGUUCUAAACAGAGUUUUUUUUUUAUUUAUUUGCUUAUUUUCGGGUGCCUAUCGAAGAUGUUUUCUCUCAAAAGCAUCCCUUCAACUACAUCAGUCCUAUCAACAUAUUCGACUUUCACAGCAUUAGCCAUGCUGGUUCGAAGUGUGGUUAGCGAUGUGAAGGCCAUAAUCAGCCAGCUCAUUCCAGAACGACUCCAAACAAUAUUACUGUCCAAACUUGGUCUUUUUUCAAAUCCAUCUUCCCAAAUGACUCUCCUCAUUGAUGAGUCUGAUGGGUUCUCCAUCAAUGAACUGUACGAAGCUUCCGAAACAUACAUACGGACUAAAAUCACUACUUCUAUGCGGAUGCUUAAGGCUUCCAAAGCCCCACGAGACAAGACGAUCACUGUAACCGUAAACAAAGGCGAAAAGGUUAUUGACAUAUUUGAAGGAAUCCAACUCAAGUGGGAAAUUACUUGUGCUGAGACGAAUGACAAUUAUCGAGGCAAGUCUGAAAAAAGAGCAAUUGAGCUCAGUUUUCACAAUAAAUUCAUGGAAAGAGUACUAAGUUCCCACUUGCCAUAUGUAAUGGAGAGAUCAAAAGCCAUUAAAGAAGAAAAUAAGGUGGUGAAGCUUUUUUCGCAGGGAGACUUACGUGGUAUAGACAUGGAUGGAGAAUGGGGAUCAACCAAUCUUGACCAUCGAGCCACUUUUAAUACAUUGGCGAUAGAUCCUAGCCUCAACAAAGAGUUAAUAGACGAUUUGGACCGAUUCGUUAGAGGAAGAGAUUUCUAUAGAAGAGUUGGAAAAGCGUGGAAACGUGGGUAUUUGCUCUAUGGCCCUCCAGGAACUGGCAAGUCAAGCUUGAUUGCUGCCAUGGCCAACUACCUAAAGUUUAAUGUCUAUGACUUGGAACUUGCGAGUCUGUGCAGGAAUUCAGAUCUUCGAAGAUUGUUAGUUUCUACCAAAAACCGAUCAAUAAUUGUGAUGGAGGAUAUUGAUUGCAGCAUUGAGCUCCAGGAUAGAGUAGACGAGAGAUGUAACCAGGGUAACAACCAGUUAACUCUAUCCGGAUUGCUCAACUUCAUUGAUGGCCUAUGGUCAAGCUGUGGCGAUGAGAGGAUAAUAGUCUUUACAACCAAUCACAAAGACAAGCUAGACCCUGCUUUGCUAAGGCCAGGUCGCAUGGACAUGCACAUCCACAUGUCCUAUUGCACUCCUAGUGGAUUCAGGAUCCUUGCUUCAAACUAUCUUGGCAUCACCAGUCACAAAUUUUUCACCCAAAUUGAUGAACUGAUGAUGGAAGUGGAGGUAACUCCAGCAGAAGUUGCAGAAGGGCUCAUGAAAAGUGAGGAUGCUGAUAUUGCCCUUGGAGGACUCAUCAAGUUCCUCCAGAACAAGAAAUUGGGAUCUGGGAAAUUGGAUUCUGAUGGUGGAGAAGCCGAUUUUGAAGAGGAAAAUGAAAGCAAUGAAUGUGGCACAGAUGUUGGGAAUAAGAGAGAGGCCAGGGCAAGAAUUGCUGAACUCGACAAAAAAUAA